CCUAUAUAAAACGAGCUUCCCAAAAUAGGGAAAUUUGAGGGAUGUGCUUUCCCCACUCCGACACGCGUAACUCCCUCUUAUCCUCUGGGCGGACAGAAUGCGAAUAAUCCUCGUGCGAUUUUCAAACCUCCAGCUAGGGCAAAGCAGGUUUUGAGGAAGAAACCGUAGCACUUGGUUAAUAUCCACUGAUUUGAUCUGGAAAGGCUGAAAGAGCUAUGAAUUUGAAUCACCUUGUGGACAUUUUACUACCAAAAUGCCAGGCUUACCUUUGGUGGCUCGUGAGACCACGAACCUUGGUUGCAACUGCAGCCAUUCUCGGACUGUAGAACAAAUGUGCCAUCAAGACUCUCGGCAUUUAUCCGUGGAUGAGGCAGCUGCAGCUGAAGAAAGUUUGUCAAUUUACUGCAAACCUGUUGAAUUCUAUAAUAUUCUUCAACGCCGCGCAUUGCAAAAUCCGUCAUUUCUUCAGAGAUGUUUACACUACAAAAUACAGGCCAAUCGCAAAAGGAGAAUACAAAUGACCAUAUCGCUUGGGACUGGGAGCGAUGAAGUGCAAGUGCAAAAUGCAUUACCCCUGUAUGUUCUGUUGGCAAAACCUGUUUCUGAUAUUACAGUUGCAGAGCAUUCUGCAGUUUAUCAGCUCAGGAGGACAUGCAUUCUGAAAGCUUACUCUGAGUUUGGGAGUGGAGAUAAAAAAGAAGCCACCUUUAUUAUUCCUGAGCUUAGGAAGUUGUCAGCUGAUGGCAAAGCUGGCAAUCUCACCGUCUUACUUGUCAGCUAUGGGGAAGCUGCAAUUUCUUCCAGUGAAAGUGAUCUACUCAAAGACCAAUUUGAUCUGGCAUCUUUUCCAUCAAAAUUUGAGGGACAUUGUCUUUGGGGCAGACUACCAAUGGAAUCACUCUAUUCCUCUUGGGAGAAGUGUGCAAGCUUGAGUAUGGGAGCAAGAGCAGAGAUUCUAUCAACUGUAGAAAUGCACUCUGGUUUUCUUGAGCCAAGUUGUUUGGAUGGGGACAACUGUAUAACAAUCAAGAUUCCUCGUAAUUCUAGAACCAUGAAUUUGUUGAGGCAAGUGCAAGUGAAUGUUUUGGCACAAGAGGUUGGAGCAAAAGAGAGAUCUCCUUAUGAUUCUUACACGUAUGAUGUUCCUACAUCGUCAUUAUCUCAUAUCAUCCGAAUGAGAACUGGGAAUGUUAUCUUCAACUAUAGGUACUAUAACAACACACUGCAGAAGACUGAAGAAACAGUUACCGAAGAUUUCUCCUGUCCAUUUUGCUUGGUGCAAUGUGCAAAUUUUAAGGGUCUGAGAUACCACUUAACCACCUCUCAUGAUUUAUUCAACUAUGAGUUUUGGGUAACUGAAGAGUAUCAAGCUGUGAAUGUUUCUGUAAAAACUGAUAUAUGGAGAUCUGAGAGUGUUGCGGAUGGAGUUGACCCAAGGCUACAGACAUUUUCCUUCUGCUCGAAGCCAUGCAGGCGUAGAACAUUGAAAAAGCUAGUUCAAAAUGCUAAGCAUGUACAUCCACAUGCCAGGAACAGUGCCUCACCUGAAGUGUCCAGGGAAGCUUCUCAUGAGGGUCAUUUGGAAAAGGAUGCUGGUACGAAUUCUUACUGCAAGCCCAUUACAACAUCUUCAAAAGAUGCUGAGCCUUCAAACAGAUUAUUUCUUCAAAGAUUUGAGAAGGAUGGUGGUUCUAAUAAGGAUAAAGAGCAUAAAAUUUUGAAAGUAUUUUUCUUUGAAAAUCAUUUGGAAAGGCAUAAAACUGAAUGCUGUGGCCUGGGUUGGGCUGCAGAGGUCACAGAAACCAUUGCAUCCAGCUCCAAUGUUGCAGGUUUUUGCUCUGCUGCAGCACAGGCUUCUGCUAGCAAUGAAUGUGUGCAGCCCAUAUCUGCAAACUAUCUUGCCCCUUCUUCUAUGCUUCAGUUUGCAAAGACAAGGAAGAUAUCUGCUGACCGAGCUGAUCCCAGAAACCAUGCACUUCUUCAGAAGCGCCAGUUCUUCCAUUCUCACAGAGCUCAGCCCAUGACACUUGAUCAAGUAUUGUCCGAUCGAGAUAGUGAGGACGAGGUUGAUGAUGACAUUGCAGACUUUGAAGAUCGGAGGUUACUUGAUGAUUUUGUGGAUGUGACCAAAGAUGAGAAGCAGAUCAUGCACCUUUGGAAUUCAUUUGUGAGGAAACAGAGGGUGUUGGCGGAUGGGCAUAUCCCAUGGGCGUGUGAGUCAUUCUCAAGGCUACACGGACGGGACCUUGUCCGAGUGCCGGCUCUGAUUUGGUGUUGGAGGUUGUUUAUGAUAAAACUUUGGAAUCACAGCCUUCUGGAUGCUCGUUCGAUGAACAAUUGUAACAUAAUUCUUGACAGUUUCCGAAAUGAGAGCUCAGAUGAUAAACAAAGCUGACAUGCGAUUGUUUGGCCAACGAAGACAGAGAUGGAGGGAGAGACUGCAGUGGGAAUGAUGACAAGGGGGGCAUCUAAUUUAUCAAUCCCAUGGCCCACAACUAUUCAUAAUUUUAAAAUUCGUUUUCUGGGAAUGGGAUUAUCAUUCUUUUUAGGGCACCAAAAAUGAGAAUGUUUCCAUUUCGUAGAUGCAGUACAUGUAUAAGCCUCAUAUUGCAUUUGUAUAUUGUAAGGAUAUUAAGCCUAUGCAUUAAUUGAAAUGCAGCGCUGUGACCAGAAAUUUGUUUACUGUUUCCUACUUUGUAGAA